GCUAAAAUUCUGUGAACUGUUUGCUUUUUUUUUUUUAUUUUUUUUUUAACAGGUGACUGUCCGUGAUGCUUUAAACCAGGCUCUGGAUGAAGAACUGGAAAGAGAUGAAAAAGUUUUCAUCUUGGGAGAAGAGGUGGCUCAGUAUGAUGGUGCAUACAAGGUGGGUAUAGCUGUAUUUCUAUAAAAAAAAAAAAAAUCCUACUAAAACUACUGUUUGAAAGGUCAAGUGUGCGCAAAUAAAUCUGUAGAAAACCCAAUACUCCGUUAUGUUCCCUAUAAAUGAGUAAAGCAUUAUGCUGUGUUUAUGCAGCCUUAUGAAUUGUUAUGACAGUAUGUGAUAUUAAAUAUCCGUAUCUGUGGUACUGUCAAUAUAUGCAAACCCCUGUUUACAGCAUUACCAACAAGUAUAUUGAUCUGCAGAGCUGCAUACUAUGCAUGGCUGCUGCACAUCUUAUUCUAUGGGGGGUGGGGGGGAGAUGGCCCGAAGCAGAGCUUGGUGGUUGUGUUUACACCACAUGUACAGCUUGGACAAAGUGGAAGAUGAUGAUUUUCUGAAUGUCCGAGGCAGUCUCAGUAGCCGCAGCAAAUUUGAAAAAUUGCCACUAUAUUCCCAUUUGAAGUUUGUGCAUUUAUUUUAUAUACACUUGCCAUGCACCUUGUGCAGUGAGCUCUCUUGCGAAACCAAUACUCAACUUAGCUUUGUAUUGCAAUUUCAAAAGCCCAGUCAUUAGCUGCUGUAUUAUUUGUACUUUUAUAGCGCCAGCAUAUUCCGUAGCGCUUUACAAUAUUAUCAAGGGGGGACUCUUUAACAAUAGGUUAAAGAGUGCCCUGCUCAAAUCACCUUACAGUCUAAAAAGAGCAGCCUGCUUAACUACAUCUCCCAGAAGCCUUAUUCCCUGAAAGGGGUUAUAUUACAAAUUCUAAAAUAAUACAUAUUGCACCUUGCAUGAGUGCCUGGAGUACUACUCAUAAACUUUUCCCUUCUGUAACAUGGAUUUUAGGUCAGUAGAGGUCUUUGGAAAAAGUAUGGCGACAAAAGAGUUAUGGACACUCCUAUAUCAGAGGUAAGAAGCAGAUGGUGACUGCAACAGUUUUAGUGACUUCUGUAAUUAACUAUCAGACUCCAACAAUUAAAGCAUAGAGUUAUAAUCAGAUCAGGAUUUAGAACAUAAUGUUAAUUGAUUUUGUUACAUAGUAUAUCCUUGUAUGAUUAUAUCAAUCUUGCUGACUAUGUGGGCAUCAGCUGGAAUAAAUUUACAUGAUUAAAUUUGUAUGAAAGUGUCACAAGUUAUAAUGAACAUGUUGUUCUCUAGCUGUUUUGGAAGCUCAGCUUCAGAGACCAUUUUCCAAACGUUGGAUGAUUACUGGGAUUUGUAGGUUCUCCACAGUUGCUUUCUGGUUACCAUAGCAAUACAUCAGAACAAUCUAACCUUCCAAAUACAAUUCUGGCUAUUGUUUGAAUGGAUUUGCUUUGCUUAAAGGAAGAUUUUUGAUCCAUACCCUAUACAUCAGACAUGUUAUCAAAUGUGAUCAUCAACUGACAUUUGAAGGAUUGGUUUUCCUGUUUUGUAACCGUUUAUUUUUUAUUUUUUAACAGAUGGGCUUUACUGGCAUUGCUGUUGGUGCUGCUAUGGUAUGUAUUUAAUGUACUGUACCAGGACUUGACAAAAUUUCCUAGAACCUAGCAUUGUUUGCUUGGCACACAUCAUGAGUCACACAUAGAUGUUUUACUGAUCACGACACUCCGUGAUGACACUCCGUCAUCUGCGUCAUUCUUCUGUGAUCAUUCGGUUGUACAUGCAUAAAGGCCAUUCAAGCGCAUGCUCGCUUGUACAUUCCUUUAAUAGUGACAUGAGUGCAUGCACUUCCAUUAUCUUUGGGGGUUAAAUUAAAUAAUGCCUUGCCUGGCUAGUCUUAGACUUCCCUAUGUGCCAUGUAAAUUAAGAAAUAAAACUACUGAAAAGUCUAUAGAAAAAUAAAGCAUAACCCAUUGCUAUCUUUUUUUUCACCUUUAAAGUUGUCUUUGUUAUGCAAGCACGUAGAGACAACCUUCAUGCAAUGUAGCUGUUAGGGGGACUCUAUAGGCAUUUCGCCUUGUUUCUGAGUUACCGUGGUGAUCUGGUACUGUGAAUUUAAGCCCUAUAUCACAUUUUGUACUGACUUGUUGCAAGCUUCAUUGUUUAGACACUGACAAUCUUUGUUUUUAACAGGCUGGAUUGCGGCCAAUCUGCGAGUUUAUGACUUUUAACUUCUCCAUGCAAGCAAUUGAUCAAGUGAUCAACUCUGCAGCCAAGACACACUAUAUGUCUGCCGGACUUGUACCAGUCCCCAUUGUCUUCCGGGGGCCAAAUGGAGCCUCAGCAGGUGUGGCAGCUCAGCACUCUCAGUGCUUUGCAGCCUGGUAUGGACACUGUCCUGGCCUCAAGGUCCUCAGUCCUUGGAAUGCAGAAGAUGCAAGAGGUCUCCUGAAAGCAGCAAUUCGGGAUGAUAACCCAGGUAAACAAACUAGUGGUACCUAAUCUAAUACACAAGCUCAGUAUAAACUAGAGGGUUCCAAAAAGAAGAUCCUCAACAGUUGCACAGAUGUAAACCUGGCAAAGUAUCAUGAAUGUUGUUCUAUAAUAGCUGUAGAAAUACUUUCUGGCCACUCCUGGGGUGAACAGUAAAUAUUUUUGAUGUAAUCACUUUUGCAGCCAAGUGUGUAUAUUUUAUUCAUGUUUGAUAAUAUUUAUUUUCAUUCUAGUGGUAUUUCUAGAGAAUGAAUUGAUGUACGGUGUUCCAUUUGAAUUAUCUGAAGAAGUCCAGUCAAAAGACUUUGUUAUUCCAUUAGGAAAAGCAAAGGUAGAAAGGCAAGGUAUGUAAAAGUGUCAUGCAUGUACUUUUAAUAUGUGAAUGCAAAACAUGAAGAAAAAACAUGAAUCAGCUACUCUAAAUUGCAUUUAAAGCUAGUGGAAUUUAUUGGUUUAAAGAGCAACUCCUAGAUUUAUUUAAAUGAAACACAUACAGAAUUAUAGCUCUACCAAGAUAAAUAAUAUAAACAAACAUUUCAAUAACAUACAUUGAAAAUGAUGCUGUGGAAAAGUAAGUAUAAUCUUGUAGAAGCAGGCGCAUGCUAUUGUAAUUUCAGUGCCGUAAAAAGGAAAAAUACUUGCAUGCCCUAGCACUGUCUCACAAUCUCAAAGAAUGACCGUAUAUGCGGUAACUUAGGUUAUUUAACGAUUUGUUACUGGCUCAAGUUUUGAGGGCAGCAAAUACCAUUCACAGGGGAAGCACUUAGAAAUCCAUUAAAAAUAAAUUCAAAACUAUUUAAAACGCAUGCAUAAACUGUAAUGUUUUUAACAUAUGUACAGUAUAUAUAUAUACUAUAUAUACUUGUGUAUGUCACUCAAACCACAAAGUGCAACAUAUAAAGUUAGGUGAGAGCAUACAAAAGAGUGUAUAAUAACACACACAUGCAAGUUACCGUAUAACAGGGUACAACCUAAAAACACAAAGCAUAACAGAUCAUAGUAUAACCUGUACAAGUUACUGAAAAGAAUAAAAGGAAGAUUAUCCCACUCAGGUGGUGCUGAGCCGUUUAAAGCAGGCUCGGACUAUAAGCUCCUUUUGGGUAUAUAAAGAUGGUUGCUGAGAUCAGAUGCUGGAAAUUGAUGGUUAGACGUUCCACUGAAUGUUGCCACUUUCCCUUAGGUUACCAAACAGACACCACAUAUAGGGGUGGUUGCAGGAACUUUAAUUAAAUUCGAUUUAAAAUAUAUAUAAAACAGCAAACGUAAAAGAUCUCUUGUAAACAACCCAAGUGGCAACAUUCAGUGUGUUAUUAUACACUCUUUUGUAUGCUCUCAUUUAACUCUUUAUUCACUUUAUAUGUUUAACGUAUUAGCAAAUUCAAAAUGCUAUCUGCAACUCCCGCUUUAACCAGUGUCCCCAAUUUUUUUUCUCUUUAACAUAUUGCAAGAUUUUAGCUGUACUUCUCAUUUAAUAUUUAGUCUGUUCACCAUUCCAUCUGCUGUUUUACAAGAGAUGCAUCAUCAUUGAGAAGUAUUGUUUAGAUUCCUAAUGUAGAGCUGGUGUUAGAGAGAGUUUUCUGUAAUGUUGCUGUAAAAAUAAAUACUCCUGCGUAUAUGGACACUUUCACUGUUUUGAUGUAUGUAUAAUUGUGCAUGUUUUUUGUUUGUUUUUCUGGCACGGUUUAUUUAAAAAUCGUUACUUUGUCUAGUAUUUUUUUUACAAGGAAUUGGGAAUCAUUGUAUGAUUAACUUCAACCCUUCUCUCUUAUUAUGAGCGCGUAAACGUGUUUUUUUUAUUUUUUUUUUUUACUAUUUAUCCUGGGAGGGUGUAAGCACACUCCUGUCACCAAAAUCACUACAGCGUGCUUAUAGUGGUUAUGGUGCUUGGAUAGUUCCUUUAAGGUAUGUGUUCUAUUGAACUGGAAAUUCAGACGUUUAGUAAAAGCUCUUUCAGCAGGCAUGUGUGGAUUUUGCAGUUAAGGAGACCAAAUGAUACAUUUAAACCAACAAACCAUGUUCCAUUCUACAUUGUUAUAAAUUUAUGUAUGUAACCCCCUUAUUUUAUUACAGGAAGUCAGUUAACCCUGGUUUCACACUCAAGACCUGUUGGCCAUUGUUUGGAGGCUGCCAAUGUUUUGGCAAAAGAAGGAAUUGAUUGUGAGGUAAGAAUUGAAUGUUAUAUACUGACCUUACAUCUCAUUCAUCUAAAACGAAGCACAAAUGUAGCAAACACUUUACACACAGACUCUGGAGUAACAAACAAAACAUACAGUGUGGGGGGAAGCAGGACCAAAAAGCCAUCAUGCCUGGCCACAUAUAAGCUCGGCUCAUGAGGUUUUUGGGCCUUUUUUUUUUUUUUUUUUAAAUUUUAAGCGACUAUUAUUCCCGCCACAGGGAGAGUAUCUGGGGUUGCUUGAGCAAGCGUGUACCAGGGCUGUUGGUGUGCCUGUGAUGAAGAGUAGUAUCCCAACAGCGGGAGUGGGAUAACUCUUGGUGCCAGGGAACCUGUGUGGACUUCUAUUUGGCAUUGAUUGUUUUUUUUUUUUUGCUUUUUUUUGCUUUUUAUUGUUAAGCGCUAUUGUAUCAGGGAGUAUUUAAUCUGUGGAGGGUUAGAUCUUAACAUGUUUUACAACAGCUAUAUUGUGUCUUAGAACUAGAGGUCAUUGUACAAAUAGAGAAAUAAAAGGGCACGUACUUGGCAGUUCAUUUUGCUCACUUGUUAAAGGGACACUCCAGGCACCCAGACCACUUCUGCCCAUUGGAGUGGUGGGGGUGCUAACUCCCAUCACCCUUAACCCUGCAAGUGUAAUUAUUGCAGUUUUUAUAAACUGCAAUAAUUACCUUGCAGGGUUAAGUCCUCCUCUAGUGGCUGUCUAUCAGACAGCCACUAGAGGGACUUCCAUUUUUGUAAAACAUGAAGUAUUUGAAAUGACGCUGUAUGUCCUAACGCUACGCAUGAAGACCUCCAGCGUUGCCGGAAUCCCCAUAGGAAAGCAUUGAAGAGUGCUUUCCUCUGGGUAGGUCUAAUGCGCGUGUGCGGCCAUUGCCGCGCAUGUAUAUUAUGUCUGUGGGUGGGGGAGGAGCGUGGACUGAGCUUGAUUCAGGUAAGUCACUGAAGGAGUUUUAACCCCUUCAGCAAAAUGGGGUGGGAGGGAGAGGGGCACUGCAGGAACCUUCAGUGCCAGGAGAACUGAUGUUUUAAUUGUCCCUUUAAUUGUGAGGCAUCUUAUUUGCAUACAUAUGAUUUAUUAUGAGCAUUAUUCCUCAAGUUUCUUAAGAUUAGAUAUACUAGCUUGAUAUUGUUAAACCUUGACACUCAGGAUCUUAAGUAAUGUUUUCCUGCCCUGUACUCUAUAAAUUGUGAAAAUAUUCCAAUGUGCUUAUCAGUGCAGCUUUGAAACAUCUUACAUGCUCAUGCUUCUUUGAGUUAUACUACUUUAUUUUAAUUUUAUUGUUGUCAGUUGUACAUUCAUAUUGUACCAACCUAUAUACAAAUGUAUGCUGGUCACUUAAGCGAGUGUAUUAUCUCAUCUCCAUAAAAAAAAAAAAAUCUAGUGUGCCAAGUAUUAUUAGACUUGUAUGACACAUAAUUCGUGUGGGGUAAAUAGGACAGCUAUUUAACUCCUUCAGGUUGAGCAAAUCACAGUCCUGACAUGUCAUAUUUCAUAAAGGGGUUAAAUAGACAUGUACAUGUUUACAACAACAUUUCUGAUUUUAUUUGGUUUGCCAACAUCUCUCUUUUAACCUACAUGAAGCUACCUUUUAGAAGCUCUUAAUUUUAUUUUUCUUCCCCACUUUUAUUCAAGGUAAUAAACUUACGAACCAUUCGACCAAUGGACAUUGAAACUAUUGAGGCUAGUGUUAUGAAAACCAACCAUUUGGUCACUGUUGAAGGAGGAUGGCCACAGUUUGGAGUUGGAGCUGAAAUAUGUGCCAAAAUAAUGGAAGGUAUGUACCAAGCUUGGGUGUGUCGAGGUCUCAUUUCUCCACAGAAUUUGAGGGUCACAUGAUUAAUUCUAAAUUAUUUUGGGGUGAGGGAAGUAAGGUACCAUUCAUGAGUGUGUGAGCUGCUAUCAGUUUUUGUUUAACACACUAGUAUUUAUAUUUGCAUUGUUUAAAACUGAAUUAUUUGCCGCCCAAAUCUGUUUAGAAAUUUCAUAACAAGUGUGAACUAUGCUAGUCACAAAAACAGCGCACAUACCGUGGAUAUAAAAAACAAAGGAACACUAAGCACCAAAACAACUUUAGUUUAAUGAAUCGUGUCCCUGCAUUCACACUGCUCAUUUCUGUUUAUGCAGUCAUGGUUAUUUUAUUUCUUCAUAAGCCUAUUUUAUUUUUAUGAGGAAAUGCAGAUCUGUAUAUAUUUCUUAACUCCACCAAGAUUUUUAGAAACUUGUAGGGUCAAAUAAUACAAUAUCCCAAAUUUUGACAUGACUCUUUGUUUACUUCCUACACUGAAGUCACACUUUCUCUAUACCAAACGGACGCUAUUUCUAAACCUUACUCUUAAUGUAAAGGGAUUUCCUCAACUGAUAUUGACAGACUGAUUCCCUUUGCUUACUGUCUCUAAUCUAUGAUUGCAGCAUGAGUGCGGAAAUCUCCCUCUGAUGCUGCCCAUCACUGUUGAAACAGAUCUCUAAACCCAUCUGUAAUCCCAGAGAAUCUCUGUGGCUGAAUGUAGUUGUUCAGUCAUUGUCAUUUAAAAGGCUCUGUAUUCUGCACCCAGCUUAACGGUUAGUGUGGGACUACUAACCGUGCUGGUGCGUUAUAGGAACACUACUGGUACAGUACCACUACAGCUUAAGUUAGUGGAUCUAGUGGCUAUAGCCUGUUCCUACAGACUUUUUAAUGUAAACACUGCCUUUUCAGGAGGGGAAAAAGGCAGUGUUUACUUUGGUGCCUGGUAAUACCUCUAGUGUCAGUCAUUCAGACUGCCACUAGCGGUGCUUCUUAGUCUAAUGCUGUACAGUGUGUAUCACUGGCGUUCAACGUCUCCACCCUCUGCAAGUAGAUGCUGACCGUUCCCUGUAGAGAUAUUUAUUUAAUACAUCUCUAUGAGAAGAUGCUGAUUGGCGCAGCGUUUGGCCACGCAUGCUCAAUGCUUUCCUAUUGGAUUGCCUGAGAUAUCAAUCAUGAUGACAAGACCAGCGUGGAACAAAAAUCACACUUACGGUUAACGGAGAGGGGCCAUUAAUCUAAACAGCCAAUUCAGGACUUAGGAAUACCUGUUUGAAGUCUUGAAUUGAAUGAGGCAUGGAACAUCCCCCAGUUUUUAAACCAUUUUCUAGGCACUUAUAAUCAUUUUAACUCUUGCUGUUAACAAACCCCCCUAAUUAUGCUUAACACUUUCAGGGGUUACAAUAAGAGUGACCACUUGGAAGAGGUUUGCCAUUAUGGUUAAUUUAUUAUUUUCCAAAGGGAGGUGCUGCAGAAUGUUUGCGAUUUACACUUUACAUAGGUCAGAGGCCAUAUAACAUACAAAGACUUUCAAAAAUGUAAAUCUGUUUGUCUAAAUGUAGUAACCAAACUUUUUUUUUUUGUAUUAUCUUUACAUGAAUGUUGUAGACUAGGCUACUCUGACACCUCUUUUCCUCUCGCAUUGUCUUCUAGGACCAGCAUUUAACUUUCUUGAUGCUCCUGUGGUUCGUGUAACAGGUGCAGAUGUUCCAAUGCCUUAUGCCAAGAUCUUGGAAGACAACUGCAUUCCUCAAGUGAAAGAUAUUAUAUUUUCUGUGAAAAAGACCCUUAAUCUAUUAUAAUUAUGUAAGAAUAAUACUCAUUGAAUGCCAGAAAAAUGUACAGCUGCUUCUGUGAUUUAUUUUAUUUCUAUUUUUUUUCCUUUCAUCCUUUUAGCAUUUUUGGGUUAACCUUGCUCUCAGCUUCUCAUGCCCAUUGUCCAUCUAUCUCCACCUUAGAAAAUGAAAGCAAAUUGUAACCCUGUGAAUGCUACUGCGGAUGUACCCGUUAGGAAUUCUGUUUUUACAUAAAAUGUGUUGCACAAUCUUUUUCUUUUAAACUAGAAAAUUAUUUCUGUGCAUGAAAUUACUCAAAAUAUGGUUCACAAUUUUUUGUAAAUGGGCCAAGUUAUGAAAAUGUAUAUUUCAGUCAUAUACAAUUACUUGUAAGUCAACAAGCCAUACAACUUCCAAUGAUUUAAAGUACACAAUGGUGAAAUUUUUUUUUUUUUUGCCCUUUCCCCCUUUUGCCUUAAACAAGGUGCAGCGUAAGUCACGUUACUCUACAUUUCAGCUUGCAUCCUAACCAUUUGACAUUUCAUAUCCAAGUAGAACAGGUACUGUAUUUAUGGCAGAACCACUUCAGUGCUCUACAAACAUAGCAGCAUGUCUGUCCUGCCUGUUAGCCACAAGCAAUAACACAAUCUGGAAUGUUCCAUUUUGUUAGCGGUGGCAUCUAAACAAAUAGUGCUGUCACACUUUUUUCUUUUUAACAUUACGAUAAAAUAGCAGAACACUUCUAGUUUACAGCCUAAAGACACUUUAAAUGCAGCUCUUUCUGUAAUAAAUUCUGAUUGUAAGUUUAUAACACUCCUUUCAAUUCCUACUUCAUGUGGAGAUUCAUGUUACAAGCGGAUAUUAAGUGGAACAUGCGUUCUCAUCGCUACACAAUCUUUCUGGUGUUUAAAUCCCUACUAAUACAUGUGGGGGAAAAUACAAUGUUUCACAGUUAAUAUCGAACCGUGUCCUCUUCUGUGUGGCAAAUAAAGUUUUUAUUCAGCCCAGUAUUUUUUGGUCAUUUACAAACGUGUGAUCAUAUACGGUAAUACAAUUUUGUAUAAAAACAGUCACACGUGGUUUGCAGCACACUGAUCUAAUUCAAAAUCCCUACUUCCCACCUGUUAUUUUAUGGUAUUUGCUGUGUCUGCACCAUAGAGGUCCUAGACAGGUGAUUGAGCCCCCAAUCUACAUCCUCUGAUAUUAUCUAUGGUUUAUGACAGGGAAGCCAUCAGACAUCCUUCUACCUCCCAUGUGAAACACACUUACUGCCUGACAGAGAAGUGGAACUACUGAAGGUUUCUGAGGCUGCAGAAUGCAUUUUUCAGGUGUGCCCCCAAUACUUUGUUCUAUAAGGUCUGGCUUUGUAAUAAAUUGAAAGCCAGACCUUUUAGGACAAAGUAUUGGGGGCACACCGGAAAAAUGCAUUCUACAUGAAUGGUGCUUCCAUAGUGACCAAUAUUCAUACAUAAUACAAAUUAAAUUAUGGAGCACACAUAAAUACACUAAUCUUAAGGCUACUUCAUUUCCCGAUCUAGUAAAACACAAUAUGGCCACAUUGUGUUAAGCCCACCACUAAAAGGGUAAGACAUUUAAACAACUACUUAUUUCCGAUAUAAAUACUAUAGUCCAGGGACAGGCAGCCUUCGGCACUGCAGAUGUUUUGGACUACAUCUCUCAUGCUUUGCCAGCAUUAUGGGAGAUGUAGUCCAAAACAUCUGGAGUGCCAAAGGUUGCCUACCCCUGCUCUAGUCCAUGUGGCAUAAUUAUCUAAAUUCCUAUUGGCAAGAUGGAUGAAUACUCCUAAGAGUGAAAAGUAAAAACUAGCAGUGAAGUAAGUUCCACAUCGAUAUUAGAGCAGGGGUGCCCAAAAGGUAGAUCCCCAGGCGUUGUAAAACUACAACACCCAUGAUGCUCUGCAUGCUAUUAGAAUGACUACCUGUUGAGUACUACUGUAUUAGAGGUAGCUUUCCCUGGAUACAAUCAGUAUAUAACACACUUGAGUAAUUUAAGGUUUGUUAAAAAAAAACACACAGCAUCAUAACCGCUAUGUUACAGUAGAGUAUAGUGCCAGAUAAGUCAAAUAAUUGAAAAAUAGUUUGGCAACCUACCUGUGUACCCCUGGGGGUCAGCUGCUGCUCUUAACCAUUGACCGUGGCAAUGCACAGACAAUCUUAGCUCAGUGGCAAAUGCUUCCAGUAGCAGGUACAAGAUAAAGUAAACUGUUAACUACUUACACUGGAAGGGUGAUCGGGCAUUCCUGGCACCAUAACCACUGCAGAAAACUAUAGUGCUUUGUCCUAUAGUCCUUUAAGAUGACUGAUGUUGACUUUAUCUACUAGCGUUGGAGACAUGAAUACAUAUGAUCCCAUUAAAGUACACUAUGGAAAACUGUUUUUGUUUGCAUUUGGAAAGUGAUUGAGGAGUGGAUAUGAGUUUUUUUUUGUAUAGACCUUUAAGAACUUAUUCAAUUAUCUUAAUACUUAUUUGCAUAUAAUUUGAAAACCAGAACAAAUUCAUGCCUUCUGUUUAUUCAUAAAAAUAAACAAAUGCUUUUGUGUACCAAGUUUUAAAGGCCCACGUGCCUUUUUGGGUGGAUCAAUUGUGAAAAUAAAAUGGCACUUACAACUGAGAACUCAGUUUAUUAUUUUAAUAAAAACUGAAUAUACAUUAUAUUACAGAGCCAGAGAACCAUCCAUAUACACACAUUCCUUCUGCCUUCUGUAAAACAGCUUAAAGUGCAAAAACAUUAAGUAAUGAAAAGCUCAGAUUUGCUAAGUGUACCAUUUGUAUUAAAUGUUAUAUACCCUACUGCUAGAUUGGAGCUCAGUAACUAUACAAAAAUGUAAACAAUUGCUGUGGGUGUAAGGUUAAUAGAACAAAGAUGUACUGAAUAACAGGCGAGGUGGUAGUGAAGGGAAGAAACAAAAAUAAGUUAUCACCAAGGGAAAAGAGCCUAGCUGACAAUACUCUGCAUUCUGAGGUUAUUAACUAGUCUUUAUUUAAGGAAAUUAAGAUAGCUAAAAUGAAAACAGACUAAUUUGUAAUUUACUUUGAAUAUCUUUACAAAUUAACGCACUGCCAUUUUUAGCCUAAUAUCUGCAAUGCGACUUUAAAGGGUUUCUUCAACCCUUACAUUGUUUUUUCAAAUUUGAAAUGCACUUUUGGGCAUUAAUCGAUGGCACUUCCCCCCCUCCUCUAAAUUGCAGUGAAUAAAGAGUUAAACUUACCCGAGUUCCAGCGCCAGGUGAAGCUCUCACUCACGCUCUCUAUGCCUCUCUGAUGUCACAGGCUUCUAGAGAAGCAUUUGAUUGGACAAUUCUUAUGGGUUCUGGGUGCAUGCCCACAUUCUGAGGCAGUGGUGGUAAUUAUUUAAAAAAAAACUUCAAAACAUAGGGAGGCUGGGAAAGGCUGCAUGGAGGGGAAAAGAAAGCAGGAAACGUACAAAUAUUUUUGCUUGAAAAAAAAUUAACUUUAGGCAUCGUGGAAAAGUCGUGUGCCGGGGAUGUAAGUAGCCCGGGCACAAAAAGUGUAAAUGUCUCUGUGUGUGCAGCACAUUCAGUCUCCGAUCUACAUGACCACUACUACAAGCAGAAGUGGUCAUGGAUGUUGGAGUAACACUUUAAAGUCAUGUUUUAGUAAAUAAACUCCCUGUUUUAUUUACUAAACAGUAAAUUGUAAAGGGCACUGCAAAAUGUAUGUAACCCUCCUUCCCUCCCCCCAAAAAAACCCACACCAAAAUGGUUAAUUGCUAAACUAGAUAUUGCUGGUAUUAGACAAGGUGAUUUCACAUUUGAAAUCAAAGAAGCUAAAUGUGAAACGUUUCCCCUGAAAUUGUCCUAAAUCUCCACUAUGUCAGUGUAGUGGAUUAUAUCCUCAACUCUGCAAUUUGCUGGUCUAUUCCCAAUUUAGUAAAUUAUCUCCAAUCUUUAAAUUUCUAAAUAAAGUGUGGUCAAGAACUACAGUGUCUGUAGCCUCUCCUAUUGGCACCACAGCUCUGCUAUAGCCCUCCUGCUUAUUAAAUGAACCCCACGGUUUUCCUGUAUUACAGCAUUCCAUGUCAACCUCUCCCCACAAUUUGUAUGCACAAAGACAUGGUCCAGUAAGGGACAAAUAAGACUAAUACAGUGACAAAAAAAUUAAGCAAUGUUAACCAUUUCUUUUAUAUUAAAGGGUCAGUCCAGGCUGAAACUCAUCUAUACAGUGCAAUAAAAAAAAUAUAGAAUAUGUUACACAUCUGCACGAACAAUUCAAAACAAUAAAACUUAGGAAGAUAUUUUGGUCUCUUUCUUCCAAUUUACAACAUUUCACCAUAAACUUUGCCCACUUCAGGAAGAAGUUUGGCAAUUUGUAAGACCCUCGUGCUGGCUUAUUGAGUCUGAACUAUUGAAUGCGUUUAACCCAAAAUUGUAAGGGCUAAAACUGGAAGAUUUGAUUAGCAGAUUUUAAAGUGAACUGUACAAUAUCAAUUCUGUUUGGAGACAGAAGUUAUCGGUUUUAUACUCAGCCCUAGAAACCUUUGUGCUUUCUGAGGAUAUGUUCAACUAUCUCUAGACACUACAGGUCAGGAGGUAUGCACAGAAUGGACGCUGAAGGGAGAGGUAGGGGGGUUGGUGGGGUAGAAUGACAAAAGAAUCAAAGUUAAAGGGAUACUCUAGAUCCCUAAAGCACUUUAGCUUGUGCCAUUUUUAUUUAUUUUUUUACAGAAAAAUGCAGAGUUCAAUAAAAGUUGCCAUUUUUUUUUAGAAAUCAAUCUUGCCUUGGCUGCAACACCACCGGUCCUGUUACUUCCCUGUUUGGUUAGCUAAGGGGAGCUAUACUCAAGAGGCAUCAAUAGCUCAGAAAACCUGCCUUGCAAAGACUUCUCACUGAGCUGCAUUGGGAAAUCUGUGAAUGGACAGCCACAAAGGCUAGGCUAUAAAUAAAUAUAUUUAUGCCAACAGUUAUAUUAUUAUUAAUGGCAUUUAUAAAGCACUUGUAUAGAAUGCAUAAAAGUCGGUGCCUGGAGUGUCCCUUUAAAAAAAUUGCUGUUGAAGUAUCAUUCACUAUGAUUUACUGCUCUUUCAAUUGCUAGAGAGCAUUCAAACAUAUUCAUUAGAAGAAAAAAAAGGCAGAUGAGAUGAAUAGAUUACAAUAAUUUAACUAUCAAGCAAUCAAAUAACAAAUGUAAUGGCACAAAUAAUUGGUUAUGUCUUAGUAUGACCACAGGUUGUGCAUUCUGAAAUGAUAUGAGCAUAGAAGUGAAUGUGACGGUUUAAGGCAGAGAAGGACAUAUUUUGUGAUUUUGAAGCCUUGCACAAAAUGGGAUGCUAUUGUCCUAAUAACCUUUGCAAUGCCAGAACGGGGAGCAAUGCCAUUUUCCUUCUUACUCUUUGGAAUUAAAGCCUUGAUUAUAAUGCAGAGACAUGUGUCGAGGAAGGAGGAGGCUGCAGGCAUUAUAUGACUAGGUUACGAAAUAGUUUUGGACCACUUAAAAUAAAAUAAAGGUGAAACACUUUGUUUAGGGGGGAAAAAAACAAUUUUCUUUACACAUCCCUUCCCUUUAAAGCUCGUUAUCUAAAUUCCAGUUAAUUAUUAUUUUUUUUAUAUAUAUAUAUUUAUGUUAUGUAUGUGGAUUUGUUUAGUCAAAAUUGGGGAGCAGUAUAACAAAAUCACUGCCAGAAAUAAUUCAGUUGUCCAAAAUUACAGCAAAAAAAGUGCUUUGGCUACGUUCGGUUUCAGCUAAUCCGGGCAACACUGUGAUCAUUUGUCACUGCCUUCUUCAGAACUCCCUUGCUGAAGUUUUGAAUGGAGCUGAGUAAGGCUACUCGGUCUCUACCAUUCACAGACGGGUUGGCUGGUUCUGUUGGCACAUCCUUUCUUAUAGGAGGAGGAGGGGGAGCAGCAGGUGGAGGCGGAGAUGCUGGUAUCAGAACAGUUGAAUUUCCUAUGCAAUAAACAAUAAUUAAUUAGUUAAUAUUCACAAAUAGUAAGUCUCAUUUACUUAUAAGCUUGUUUACUAAAAGCAUGCAUCUUUGGGAGGGGGGGGGGACAAACCUGCAUUUGCUGGGAAAAUAAAACUCUGUCAAAAUACAUUUACCAGACCUUUUGGAACAAUAAAUCAAGAAAACUUAAGCCUAAAGAAAAUGUAAUAAUCCCACAUAUAUAGUUUGUUGUAUAGUGUAUGUCCCCUACAUGAGCUUAGUCAGAAAAUCUAAACACAAUUGGAUGGCUGCACAUUCAUGAAUUGAGCAAAUUACUUUACUGGCUUCAUUAAUCUUCAACCUAUCGUUCCUGUAAGUUUUCUUGUAAUUGUUCUAUUUAUAGUUACAUCCCCCCUCUCAUGAUACUGUAAAGCGCUGCGGAAUCUGUUGGCGCUAUAUAAAUGGCAAUAAUAAUAAUUAAACUCUGAGUUCUAGAAAAUUUUAAUGUGAAGUGUAGGGUUAAAAACAUAUUUAAAAACUAAAUAAAAAUCCAACUGAGAAAUCGCCAUGGAGUCCUUGGCGAUUUUCACCUACAUUUGCCUUUUAGAUCUCAAAUAGCUGCAUUUUAAGGUGUAACCAAUAAACCCCUGAAUUACAAUUAUGGGUCCAAUGCAUAUUUACUCUGUGAAUAUAGGAUUUUGCAUGGAUUGGAUCUUUUGGCUAUUCAAGGACCAAAGCAAGAAGAGAGGGAAACAGCCUCUGUGAGUUGAUCCAAGAAGAGCAAUAUAAAUGCUUAUUAUUAUUAUUGGUAUUUAUAUAGCGCCACCUAUUGGUACUGUUGACAGUUGACUCCAUCAUUCUAAAGCCAUUAGAAGAAAAAUUUAAUAAAAUAUACAAUAUUACAAUAUUUAGACUGCUAGAAUUAGAGGAGAAAGAGGACCACGGGAACGAAACUGGUUAAAUUAAAUUUGGGGUAUUCUGCUACGGUGGCAAAUGUUUAGAGAGGAAAAAUAAAUCUGUUAUACAUGGAGUUUCUGUAUCUUUUACUUGGCAUGCAGUAAAAGAUGGCACUGUUUAUAAUAUACAGUGAAUAAUGUCAUCACAUGUUUAACACAAAAACAUAACACAUUAUGUAAAAUCCUGUUAGCACAUUAAGUGACUUGGUGCUGUCAGUACUUGUGAUCUGUAACGUACAGAAUUCUUGGUAUGCGAUUCUGGAGAGUAUUCAAAGUAUCUCUUUAAAGUAAAAUACAAUGAUAUUGUACUAGCCAGAUGUGUUGCAAUAUCUAUUAAACAUAGCAAAACAUACAGUUGCAGUAAUAAACAUUUAGGAUUCAUGCAUGAUUUGUACAAAAUGAGAUGAAAAAUUACCAAAAAUGAAAUAAAAAUAAAAUAAAAAUUAUAAGUUAGUAAUGGCCACUUUGGGAAGGUGUAGGUAAUAACAUUAAAUGUAAUGCCAGUGUAUUGGCACAGACCAAACUGAUGAGGGAGUGACCAAGCCAUGUGUGAAUCAACGCAAUAUAAUAUACACUAAUUAUAACAUGAGCACUAAAAGGGCCUGGCUCAGUCGCAUGUUCUUCUUCAAAGAGCUUCCAUUAACACUUAAUUAACAGCUAAAACAUUAAAAAAUAAACUGAAAUCUAAACUGAUAACUGGACGUUGAAAAUCUCUGAUUCUAGGUUGCUGGAUAAUCCCCCUAGACAAUGAGAGGGAUCAUUAAUACCUCACUUAUUCUGAUAACAUGGAAUGGUGAAACCCAAAGCAAUGGAUCAGAGCGAAUGUAUUGUAUACAUCCUCUUACACCAUCAAUACAUUUCCGCCUCUAUAAUAACUGUGCAAAUAUUGAUUUCUUAUAAUCUGCAAUUUCAUUCUAGCUGGUCACUUUAGAUUAUAUAUUGCCAGCUAAUGAUAUCUAUUUCCAGAAAAGAAAACAGUGGAUCAAAAGAGUAAACUGCAUCUCAGAUCUUCGUAUUUAAAUCAAAGUGAGCAAUUCACAAAAAAUGGUCACUAGUGAUGUCCCGAACGGUUCGCUGAACGGUUCGCCACGGACUCAUCAUUGAGUAAAAUUUGACCCUGUACCUCACAGUCAGCA